CAGGCCGGGUCGCUGAAAGCGCAGUGUGUGCGGAGGUUUUUUUGUUCCCGGAGCUCCUCGGUGCGCUGUCCACUUCAGCACCACAAGCCGAGCGGAGGCAGCAGGCUAGCUAACGCUGAAGAGGAGGGACCCAAGACACGGCUCAACAUCAGCACCACCGCCGACUCGCGUCCCGCAUUCAGCAGAAAAGAAAACCACUGACAAAUACCCAACCUCAUCCACCAGAGAAACCGACGAGGGAAAAACAAAGACUGCAGCCAAGAGUCCAGUAAUCAUGUACGAUGCGGCGAGGGUGCCAUCGCCUAAAGACGGCUCAAAUGGGGUGGCCCCGCCCGUGGCCCCCGGGGCAAGAGCGGGAACAGCUGCCGGUUCGGGAGGGCUGACCCCGACUGCAGCGCUGCACGCUAAAACCGAGGAGGCGCAGCCAGGUGCGGAGGAGGAAGAGGAGCCCAAAGAAGAGCCUGUCCUGGUGAAGAAGCCACACAGAGAGAUCUUGGACCACGAGAGGAAGAGGAGGGUAGAGCUCAAGUGUAUGGAGCUUCAGGAGAUGAUGGAGGAGCAGGGGUACACAGAGGAAGAGAUCCGACAGAAGGUGAGCACAUUCAGACAAAUGCUGAUGGACAAAGAGGGCGUGAUCACCAGAGAGGGCUCACACGCGCAACCAAUGGUGAACCACCUGCAUUAUCCUCCUGAUGAGUAUGAAGAGGACCCUGAAGUGGUUGGCUAUGAAGAUGGAGACUAUGACUACCACAGUGACAGCAGAGUGAAGAGGAAGUCAAGCAGCUCUCCAUCCCCCCGUCCAAAGAAAAGGAAGAAGAAGAAAUCUGGCCGCCGAAGGAGUCGGUUCGGCAGCUCUUCACCCACUCGCAGAGAGAAGAAGAAGAAAAGUGGGAAGAAACACAAGCGAGACAGAUCGGCGUCUGGUUCCAGGAAAAAGAGAAGAAACAGAUCCGGCAGCCCAAAGAACAAACACAAAGACAAGAACAAACAGAAAAAGAGGUCCCCUGGUGAGACCCCCAGCAGGAGUUCACAGCGUCAAGGCAGCUGCUGCAGCUCCCGUAGCGCCUCCCUGUCUUCCACUCGGAGCACCUCCAAAUCUCCCUCCAGACUGAAUUCCAAGCACAAGACAGACGGACAAAAGGCAUCUCCAGGCACGAAAAGUCCAACUGCGUGGCACAACGGGGAGCACACCCAGAGGAGCCGCAACGGGAAGGCCGGCAGACUCAACACCGCCGAGGGCGAGAAAGGGAACGAUAAGCUCCGUGUGCUGACAACUAGCUCGGCAAGCAUCCAGUCCACUCUGCUGAGAGAGCACAAGCUCCACAGCGCCCCCAGCAGGAGCCAAGCAGGACAGAUGUGCGCUGCAGGAGAGGCUGGGAGUGUGGACGGCAGGGGCACAGGUGUGGGGAGCUCCGUAAACCAGACGUCGGGGAGGCGAGGGGGCCAGAGGGGUCAGAAUAAGAACUCCCACUCCCCUGCUCACAGCAGCGACUCGGCCCACUCCCAGCACAACCACGCCCACAGAGGGAGGACCUCUCGUCACCAGAGAAAGACUAAAGGUGGCCACUCUUCCAAGCGUAACCGCCGCUCUAGUCGGGGCCAGGCACACCACCGGAGCCCAUCAGCAUCCCCGGGACGUCACUCACACGGGUCAGGCAGGAAGAACGAGGAAACUCGGAGCAAAGCCAACCUCAGACAGCGCAGCAGCUCCUGGAGCAGCGGCCGCUCAUCCUCGCACUCCGCCUCCAGAGACAGAGGCCCCAGCAAGGCCAAGUCCCCACACAACAGACAGAACAACUCCAGAGAGAGGGACAGCGCUAACCGCUCUGACACCGACAGCCGAGCCCGCCGCCGCUCACGCAGCUACUCGCCCAUCCGUAAGAGAAGAAGAGAUUCCCCCAGCUUCAUGGAGGCUCGCAGGAUCACCAGCGCCAGGAAACGGCCGAUCCCGUACUACCGGCCCAGCCCGUCAUCGUCCAGCUACGACAGCAGCCCGUCGCGGUCCAGCCGCAGCCGCAGCCGCAGCUACAGCAGCUACAGCCGCAGCAGGAGUCACAGCCGGAGCCACAGCAGGAGCCGGAGCCGCAGCCGGAGCUGGAGCCGGAGCCGCAGCCAGAGCCGCAGCUGGAGCCGCAGCAGGAGCCGCUGCCGCAGCCACCACAGCUACUACAGCCGCAGCAGCUACGACAGCCCGGGCUUCUGAACGCAGCACGGGAAGGAAAACAUAAACACGCGCGCUGGUUGAAUUUACUGCACUCCGGUAAAGUCAUCCCGCAUCUCUCACAAGCCCUCUCAACGGUGGUGGUUGCACUGCUGUACAGUCCAGGGUCCAAACUCCUCCACCCUGAGCCAUUCUGUCCGGACACAGAGCCUGGAUCAAAGAGGAGAGGUGUAUUUUGAUAUAGCACACAACUCUCAAAUUGGCUGUCACUGUUCAUGUCUUCACAUAUAUAAGGUAUUUGAGGAAAAUGGGUUUUCAAAUGUCAAAAAUGAAUUGGCUGAGCCCAAAGAACAAAUCUCGCUGUAUGUUAGCACUUUCUUUCUCAUCUUCCACAAAGCAACCAAAAAUAAAUUAAUUUAACAACUAUAGAUAUAUAUAUAUAUAUAUGUAUGUGUAUAUAUAUAUACUGUAUAAAUAUAUAUGCUGAAAAGAGGAGCUGGGUAGGAGACAAAAAGAAGACCAACACGUCAAAGGAAAACAGCUUAGUGUACAUUUCCCAGUCAUCGUGAACUCCACCCCCCCCAAAGACUUCCAUUUCAUCGAAGCCCAGUGAUCAACUGAAUGAGAACAAAAGAGAAGUCCGCAGAUGAAUUAGGAAGCAAAAAACUUUUUUAUGAUUAAAACCGGUAUUGUAUAGGUUUGUCUGUAUAGUUGUAAACUCUCUCUAAGUUCCGGCUUUGUAAACUAUGCACUGUAUAUUCCAUAUAGUUUGAGGAGGUUUGUUUAGCAUGAUCAUCAGGAGAGACUCGCUGCUCCGAAGAAGAGGACCAGAUCGAAAUGAAGGGUGCCAGGGUGAAUCCGUGCCCCCUCUGACUGAUUAUGUAUUAUUUACUCUCUUCCCUGUUUAAAUGAUUAUGUUCAUUCUGCUAGCCCUGUAUGUGUGCGUGUGUGUGUGUGCGCGUGUGUGUGUGUACCUCCUCUGCAAAGAUCAGUGAGGUACUAAUCUAUGUGUACAUGACUGAAGCCUGCAUCUGGGGCUGCCGUGUGGAACUGUACAGGAAAACUGUCUGCAAAAAUUCUCCAUGCACUUCAUUUGUGUUGACCUCAACUAUUUAUGAAUUUACUGUAUUUAUUGGUUUAUUUAUUGGGUAAUUUAUUGUCUAGUUUAUUUAUUUGUCUUUUUCAACGUAAAGCAGUCGGAUCAUGCUUUGAAGAGGAGAUUGCUGAAUAUGUAUUUUUUUUUUUUUUCUUAUGUACUGUACGUGUCCUGGGACCCAAGCAGUUUAUUGUGGCGAUGGCUUGAAACCAUCAUGGGUUCAGCAAGCAGUGUUUAAGAAGUCUGAGUUUGGCCAGUGGAACUGCAUCUUUGUCCAUAUUUAUUCCCAUUAUCGCUUCCUUGAGCCAUUCUGUUGGUUCAUUUUAAUGCAGGCCAUUGUGGCCUUG